AGACAAGCAGCAGUUGUCAGUGUGUCACCCAAGUGACCAACAUGUUGGUCAAUAAUCUCAGAACAUAACCUGAUCAGUGUAGAGUUAGAGCUAUAAAAAUAAACAUUACACAGUUUUGUAGAAUAUACUAUGGUAGGGUGUCAUUGCAAUAUCUCCCUUAUAGUAGAUUAUUUGCCAAAAACGUUAAAAAUAUGGUUUUAUAAAGAUUAGUAUGUAACCCACUUGCAGUACGUGCAAGACCCACCAGUGGGCCGCCGACCAUACAGUGGGACCGAAUCGUUGGCCACAAUUCUGUUGCAAAUUUCAAACUGGGAGUUCGGCCGCUUUAGUAAGCUCUCGGUUUUGUCUAUACAUGUUGCUACAAAAUGUCUGUUAUCUUCCUUAUUUAUUCCUAAUUUACGCCACAUACAAGACUUAAGCGAAUUUAAUUUGAAAUAUCGCCUUUCACAUGUAGCUAUGUGAUGUCUGUAAAAAGGAAGUUACGGCUUUGGUCAUAGUGUUCCAUGUCACAGCAGCAGCAAUACUACUCUACUCCCCUGCCUCCUCCUCUCUCCUCUUCUCUCCCAUCUCCUUCAGUUCUCUGGCAGACAGACAGAGGCAGCUCUACGUAGAGAGGGGGAGCUCACACCGCACAGCUGUCGAUGACCGAACCCACAUUCUCACUGACGGUCUUUUCACAUGGAUGUCUCCUCUGACGCCGCUUUUUGACACACCGGGGUGUUCUCGUGGCCGCAAUCCACGAGAACCAAAUAAACCGCACCUUCGGCUUUCUACUUCAGUAUUACCGAUUUAUCUCGGCGACAGGAGAACACAGCUUGCUCCCCCCUCUACUCUCUCUAUCUCUGCCUCCACCAUCAUCGUUAGCUCGCUAAGCUAACCCGCUAACUUAGCUGUGACACUUUGAACCACAUCGGCGUCAUAUCAGUUUCCUGCCUUCCUUCUCCUGCGCCACAGAGUCGGCGGAUUGAGGACCCUCGUCUCCCCGGCAGCAUGUUUGAGUGACGAGCGAAAGAGGAAGUGGGAUCUCUGACGCUCCGCCCCCUCUGCUGGUGGAGCACCUUGUACAUCUGACCAGAGACCCCUGUAGCAACUAAAAGAGGAUGCGGAGGUUUGCAUACUGUAAGGUGGUUUUAGCCACUUCUCUGGUGUGGGUGAUGCUGGACAUGUUUAUUCUGCUCUACUUCAGCGAGUGCAACAAGUGCGAUGACAAAAAGGAGAGAGGGCUACCCGGCAGAGACGAUGCCCUCACCAGGCCUCGGGACGGACCGGGUGAAGGGGGGAAGCCUGUGGUGAUUCCUAAGGAAAAUCAGGAAAAGAUGAAGGAGAUGUUUAAGAUCAACCAGUUCAACCUCAUGGCUUCAGAGAUGAUCGCCCUGAAUCGCUCACUGCCUGAUGUCCGCCUGGAGGGGUGCAAGAACAAGUUGUAUCCUGAUAAUCUCCCACGGACCAGUGUGGUGAUUGUAUUUCACAAUGAGGCGUGGAGCACACUGCUGAGGACCGUUCACUCUGUCAUUGACCGUUCCCCACACACACUGUUAGAGGAGAUCGUCCUGGUGGAUGAUGCCAGUGAGAGAGAUUUCCUGAAGCGCCCUUUGGAGCAAUAUGUCAAAAAGCUUGAAAUUCCUGUCAGAGUGGUGAGGAUGGAGCAAAGGUCUGGACUCAUCCGAGCUCGUCUCAAAGGAGCAUCACUCUCCACUGGCCAGGUGAUAACAUUUUUGGAUGCUCAUUGUGAAUGCACAACAGGGUGGUUAGAACCUCUGCUCGCUCGCAUCAAGCAAGACAAGAGGACGGUGGUGUGCCCCAUAAUUGAUGUGAUCAGUGAUGACACCUUUGAGUACAUGGCAGGAUCAGACAUGACAUACGGAGGAUUCAACUGGAAACUCAACUUCCGCUGGUAUCCUGUACCACAGAGAGAGAUGGACCGCCGCAAAGGAGACCGCACUCUGCCUGUCAGGACUCCUACCAUGGCAGGUGGUCUGUUCUCCAUAGACAGGGAUUAUUUCCAGGAGAUCGGCACAUAUGACGCAGGCAUGGACAUCUGGGGUGGAGAGAACCUGGAAAUCUCUUUCAGAAUCUGGCAGUGUGGUGGAACUUUAGAAAUUGUCACAUGCUCUCAUGUGGGUCACGUGUUCAGAAAAGCAACGCCGUACACAUUUCCUGGGGGAACGGGACAGAUCAUAAACAAAAACAACCGACGCCUGGCAGAAGUAUGGAUGGAUGAGUUCAAAAACUUCUUCUACAUCAUCUCUCCUGGUGUGACCAAGGUGGACUACGGUGACAUCACAUCUCGCACAGGCCUGAGACAAAAACUUCAGUGUAAACCCUUCAGUUGGUACCUGGAGAACGUCUACCCGGACUCCCAGAUCCCACGGCACUAUUACUCUUUAGGAGAGAUUCGCAAUGUGGAGACCAACCAGUGCCUGGACAACAUGGCCCGCAAGGAGAAUGAGAAGGUUGGCAUUUUCAACUGCCAUGGAAUGGGAGGCAACCAGGUUUUCUCUUACACGGCCAAUAAGGAAAUCAGGACUGACGACUUGUGUCUAGAUGUGUCCAAGUUAAACGGACCCGUCAUGAUGCUGAAGUGUCAUCACCUCAAGGGCAACCAGCUGUGGGAGUACGAUCCAGUGAAGCUGACUCUGGUCCACGUCAACAGUAACCAGUGUCUGGACAAGGCCAGCGAGGAGGACAGCCAGGUGCCCAGCGUCAGAGACUGCACACACUCACGCUCUCAACAGUGGCUGCUGCGCAACGUCACACUACCAGAGGUCUUCUGAUGGUAUUCCACAAACACACACACACACACACACACACCUUCACACACCGCAGCCCAGAGUGAGUAAUGAGGAUAACGGACAUGUUUAUAAAAACUGGGCACCAGGAGAGAAAAGACUUCUCAUGAGAAGACUCUGGAAUGGAGGACGGAUUAGAUGGUACUACCUCUGCCACAGAUCAGAGGGAGGAGUGUGUUUGACCCUCCUCCAAAAGAGGAAAGAGGGAGAGACUUGUUCUUUUGUCUUUUUUUUUAAAGGAGAGAUUUUAAACGCGCAGAGUGAUUCAGUGUUGGACAUAAUUUUGAGACUGCCUGCUGGAGUUGAGGUUCUGCACUCAUGGCUUCCAUGGAUAAGGUGGUCCACCACUCAACUCAUCACAUAAGGUUUACUGACUGUCUCCAGAGAGAGAGUGUGUGCACUUACCUUCGUGUGUGUCUUUGUACGAGUGUUUACCCUUAGGUGAAUGUAUGUUGUGAGGAGGGCAGUUUUUUUUAAUUUAAUUUUAUAUUUCAAUCGAAUUCUAUGAAGAGUUCCUGAGGACUUGAGCGUGUGUCUGUGUGUGACUGGCGUGUGUACGUGUGUCCCAGCCCCUCCUACAGUCUUGUGGUUAGUGUAUGUCGCCCUCUGGUGUUACUUCUUGGCAUUUUAUCCUACUACCGAAUGAAACCGUCUUGCUGAGGAAAUGAAAAAAAAUAUCUGCCCUUAGCAGAGAUUUAGUGAUAGAGGAAAAAAUUGUUUGUGAUAUUUUGAGAUUUCUAUGUCCAGUUUUUACAUGGCUUUGUCUGUUUCUACAGUCCUGUGCCAGUGCCACAGAGCAGUAACCCUCGUCCGUCUGUCCGUCUCAGUUGUCUUUAAAAAUGUUUAACAUAGAGCUACCGUAUACACACACACUCACACACACAUACACGGGACUCUGCAUAUAUGACUGAUAUCCACUGCCUAAUGCUGUGUUGAACUGUAGGGAACUCCCAUGAGGCACUGCAGUCUCACGCACACAUACACAGACAGUGCAUACAUAUAGGAAUAAGGUUUAACUAGUCUGACACCUUGAUCAAUUUUACCAUAUCAUUUUCUCAUUGACCUCUAAAAAACACACUCCAGUGCAGGGUAGGAAAUAAGUAGGGGCAAAGACAAAGGUAGAGUAUCCAGGACUUAAAUAACUAAAUAACCAAUUAAAUUCAAGCAAACUGAAGCAACCAUAUAUGUUAUUGGAGUGCAUACUGGUGCCCUCUGUUGGCAUCUUUGAAUGUUUACUUCCAAUUUUCAAAUUGGUUGUGACGUUUCUGUUUGGAAUUAUGGAAAAAAUGCAAGUUAGGGGGCAGUGUUGCAGCUCAAGAGGUAACUGUCAAAAUAACAUUCAUGUUUUAUCACAGUGCCUCAAAGUAGGAGUGUAAAACUGCAACAAAAAAACAAAGGUGUGGUCAAUAUGCCAAGGAACCAAAGUCCUGCUAUGACAUUGUAGAGCAUUGUAGGUACCUGUCACUACAGUAUUCAGAGAAGCAUAGCAUCGACUCAGAUAGUUCUGCUGUGCAUAACUACUGACUAAAACGUGGAUUUCCUAAUUCCAGUGAGAACUUAAAGUUCAAGGUUCCUUCUUGAUCUUUGUUUACAUUUCACCAGGUGAAUUAAACCAGGUCUACAGCUCCCCUGACUUAACAUUCCUGCAUACUCUACCUUUGCUGGUGUGAAACCCACAUUCUGAAGCUGGGCAUCUGUAUCCUAAAAAACUCCUGCCACUUCCUUUUUAUAUAUGUGUCUAUUAUAUUGUGUACCAGAGCAGAGAGCUACACAGAACAGCAGGGUCAUGUGAUCCUCAUAGUUUCUUACAGCCAGAUACUCAAGUAGGAUUUUUUUUUUUUUUACCUUGACACAUGGACGGCGAAUAGCAUUCUUCCUCAGAAGCGUCACCUGACAUGUCCUGAUGAUCUGUUCUAAUGUAGUCGUGGUUGUAUUUUUGACCACUGUGACAACAUGUGCGACUGUAAGAAACUAUAAAGAUGAUAUCUGAGACAUAAAACACAUAAAGUAUCCAGUAGAACUAGAAUGACAGUUGCCGUACACAGAGGGUGAACUGGACAGAGGAAAAGAGGUAUAAUUUGACCAAAUAUAAAUGUUCCAGAAUACAUUUAAAAAUAAAAGGGAGGCAAUGUCCAUCUUUUCUCCUCCACCAUUGGCUUCUCCUCUGUAUUGGACCUUAUGGAUGGCUGCGUUGUCGUCAGUGUGGCUGUAACAGUCUUCAGGUUUAAUCAGUUCUUACCAGAACAAGCCACUGUGUGAAUCCUCACUGAUGGACAUCUGCAGUAAGAGCAGCAAUGUGAAAAAGAGGAAAAAAACAACAAAAAAAGCUUGUUUUAUUUCUACUCACAGAGCUCAGCCUCUGUACUUUCCUGGGGACAUAUUUGCAAACAAAGCGUUUAGAAUAUUAGAGAUGUUGCAUUUAGGAAAACUAAUCAGGGAGAGCACGAUGUAAAGAGCUGAUGGAGUUGAAGUGUGGAUUACAAAGAGCACAGCAGUGGCGGCGGCAGCGGCAGCAGACGACACAUGCUAAUCCAUAUCCACAUAUCUCACUUUACACCUGCAGUAUUCCACUAUUUAUAUCUCAGCGAAGCCUGACAGGCUCAAGGUUACAUCCAUAUGUCAUUUCUUUACACACUCUUUUGUAUCAGUCCUGCAGCUGCGAGUCAGAGCAGGACGCGUUUUUCAUCAAGUUCUUAACCAACAUAGCUUCCUCCAGUGGAGGAAGGGUUUACAAAUAGGACGCGUCAUCGUUUCAGUGACGUCAAUGACUUUGUUUUUUUUUUUUUCAUGUCCAAGCAUUUCACGCCGACAAAGAUGUGAACAGUUGGUGUUUGUGAAAUCAAGGGGUUGGAGUGUAUCAGUUGUUCUAUAUUUGUUUUUGUUAUUUUAAUUUCAGAGGGUGGGUGGGUGCUGGGGGGUUACAUUUGACUGACAUGUCCAGGCUUCCACACUGAGCUGAUCCAAAUGUAGAGAAUAAAGGUAAAAAGUUUACAGAA